AUGGAGUUUGCCUCUUGGGAAGUUGUGUGGUUACGCACUAUGGCUGCAAAGUUUCUUGCUCAUCAAUCAAGACCUGUACCUCUGUUUUGUGAUUCAACGGCUGCAAUUCAUAUUGCUAGUAACCCGUUUUUUCACGAACGGACUAAAUAUACUGAAGGCGAUUGUCAUCAAGUUUGUGAUCGUAUUUCAGUUGGCUUUAUCAAUACCAUUCACGUUCGUACUGGUCAGCAGCUUGCGGAUAUCUUCACGAAACCUUUAUUCUCUACUCAGUUUAAUGCUUUAUUAUCCAAGAUGGCUCUUAAGUCCAUUUACUUGCCAUCUUGA